CGACGCCGCGCAGCGCCGGACGCGGACCACUUUCAUGCUGAUUCCCCCGGACUCGGGCAGCGCUCCGGCCACUCCGCGGGCCGCCGGCCUCCGCCCCGGCCUGCCUGGCUCCCUGGGUGCGCCCGCGCCCGGCGCCUCGGCUCUCCCAGUCCUCCAGAUUUCGAUGGCUUUCCUGAAUGGCUGACUGUGGGCUGCCCUGGACUUGGCCCCCGGACAGUCUCUCCUCCUCCUCCUUCUCCUUCUCCUCCUCCUUCUCCUCUUCCUCCUUCUUCUCCUCUUCCUCCUCCUCCUCCUCCUUCUCCUCCUCCUCUUCCAACUCCUCGGCUGCACACUAGAUCUGAGAGCGAGAGAGUGAAGGAGAGGGAGGGAGUGAGUGAGAGCGAGCGAGAUCUUUGGAGAUUUUUUUUUUUUUUUUUUUUUUUUUGCCUCCUACUUCUGUCUUGAAGCCAGACAAUCGACUUGCAGCUCUCCCUCCCCUCCCUCUCUCUCCCCACGUUCUGCUCCCACUCUCUCUCCCCUAUCCCCUUCCCCUCCCCUCCCCACGGAAAGCCCCCCGAAACCAACAAAGCUGAGCCGAGGGAAACAAACAACACAAACACACCGGGCCAGACAAGCCAUCGACAAAACUUUGCAAAAGCAAAAACAAAAAAGGAAAAACUAACCAACCUCAAUCAACUAGCCCUGAGCCACCCGGGGCGCCCUCCCGCGCCCUCUCGAACCCUCGCACACACAAAAGGCGGCGCGCAGGAGCCCGAGACCCGGGAGCCGCCGCCGCCCCGCCGCCGCCCGCAGCCAGGGGAGCAGGAAGUCCGGACGCGGCCCCCAUAGAUAUGGCAAUGGUAGUCAGCACGUGGCGCGACCCCCAGGACGAGGUGCCCGGCUCUCAGGGCAGCCAGGCCUCGCAGGCGCCGCCCGUGCCCGGCCCGCCGCCUGGCGCCCCGCACACGCCACAAACGCCGGGCCAAGGGGGCCCGGCCAGCACGCCGGCCCAGACGGCGGCUGGCGGCCAGGGCGGCCCUGGUGGCCCGGGCGGCGACAAACAGCAACAGCAGCAGCACAUCGAAUGCGUGGUGUGCGGGGACAAGUCAAGCGGCAAGCACUACGGCCAGUUCACGUGCGAGGGUUGCAAGAGCUUCUUUAAGCGCAGCGUGCGGAGGAACCUGAGCUACACGUGCCGCGCCAACCGGAACUGUCCCAUCGACCAGCACCACCGCAACCAGUGCCAGUACUGCCGCCUCAAAAAGUGCCUCAAAGUGGGCAUGAGACGGGAAGCGGUGCAAAGGGGCAGAAUGCCACCCACCCAGCCGACCCACGGGCAGUUCGCGCUGACCAACGGGGACCCUCUCAACUGCCACUCCUACCUGUCCGGAUAUAUUUCCCUCCUGCUGCGCGCCGAGCCCUAUCCCACGUCCCGCUUCGGCAGCCAGUGCAUGCAGCCCAACAACAUCAUGGGCAUCGAGAACAUUUGCGAACUGGCAGCGCGGAUGCUCUUCAGCGCCGUCGAGUGGGCCCGGAACAUCCCUUUCUUCCCUGACCUGCAGAUCACGGACCAGGUGGCCCUGCUUCGCCUCACCUGGAGCGAGCUGUUCGUGUUGAAUGCAGCACAGUGCUCCAUGCCCCUCCACGUUGCCCCGCUCCUGGCUGCUGCUGGCCUGCAUGCUUCGCCCAUGUCCGCCGACCGGGUGGUCGCCUUUAUGGACCACAUACGGAUCUUCCAAGAGCAAGUGGAAAAGCUGAAAGCGCUGCAUGUCGACUCCGCUGAGUACAGCUGCCUCAAGGCCAUAGUCCUGUUCACCUCAGAUGCCUGUGGUCUCUCUGAUGUAGCCCAUGUGGAAAGCUUGCAGGAAAAAUCCCAGUGUGCUUUGGAAGAGUACGUUAGGAGCCAGUACCCCAACCAGCCCACGCGAUUCGGGAAACUUCUGCUGCGCCUGCCUUCUCUCCGCACCGUGUCCUCCUCAGUCAUAGAGCAAUUGUUUUUCGUCCGUUUGGUAGGUAAAACCCCCAUCGAAACCCUCAUCCGGGAUAUGUUACUGUCCGGCAGCAGUUUUAACUGGCCGUAUAUGGCAAUCCAAUAAAUAAAUAAAUCAAAAUAAUAAGGGGGAGUGAAACAGAAAAAGAAAAGGCAAAAGACUGGUUUGUUUGCUUAAUUUCCUUCUGUUAAGAAAGGAUAUAAAAGAUGUUACACGUUUGCUAAAAGAAGAGAGGGGAAGAAUUUAAUGGACUGUGAAUUUCAAAAAAAAAGACUGUCAAAUGAACUUUUACAGAAUGCAUUAAAAAAAAACUCCUGUGUUGGUCAGAAAAACUUGCUACUUAUCAUUUUUGUAUAAAAAGGAAAUUAGUCUUUUUCUUUUUUGGUAAAUUUUUGAAAAAUAUUGCUAAAAGUGCAUUUAAGGAGAUUGGGAGGAAAUUAGCAGAAUGGAGAAAGUGAGUCUUUUUUUUUCCAAAUUAUUAAUUGUCCUGUGUCUAUGUAUCUCUAGCUGUUCUUUUUUGUACUUUUCUGGUUCCAAACCAGUUUAUUCUGUGGUUCUAUAAUAAGUUUUGAUAUAAUCUUGGCUUCUUAAAAACUGUGUAUCAUUAAAAUAUAUGUUCUGCAAGAAUUAAAACUGAGUCCAUGAAAAUAUCAUAGGAAGACAUAAAACUUUAAAAAGCAACUCAAAGAUUAUGGAGACGCACUUACAAGUGGUGACCAAAAAUUUUAGGUGAAGUUGAGCACUCUAAUUAGAGAAUGGGAGGAACCACAUCCAAUACUUAACUUCCCCUGCCCUCCCCUUGCCCCCCAAAAGACACCACGGCAAACCUAGCUUUUUAAAAAUAUUUUAAGAAAGAGAAUGAACUGUGGAAUUUAUUGGCAGCCAAGGAAUGUGUCCAAGACACAUGCUGAGGUUUUGAAUAAAAAGUGAACUUUUGUAAUUUGAUUGGGUUCCGGCUUAGUUCUUGAAUUGUUACGAAAAAUCCUCUAUCUGUUUGUAUAUUUGCCAGCCCUUUGUAUUAUAAUUGUUGAUAUUUUCCCUUUUUAAAAAAUACCAUUGAAAUCAGCAUGACAAAAUAACACUGUUGGCACUUAUAGGUAACGUGAUUGAUUCAGUAUCUUAGAGUUUACAGUUUGUGUUUUAAAAAACUGAAGGUUUUUUUUUAAGUGCAACAUUUCUGUAUACUGUAAAAGUUAUAAUAACUGAACUGUUUGGUCGAGUCUUUGUGUGUUAUAUUCAAGGAAAAUUGAAAGUAUUCAGAAAUUAAAAUAUUAUUUGAUAUCUGAAAACUGUUUGGCAGUCCCCACUCACUGUGUCCAUGGAGAAGAGCCCCUGUGAGCUCUGGACGGGCCUGAGCCGGCUUGGGGGGGGGCUCGUUUGUUUGCUGCCCCCAGUGAGCUUGUGCAAAGGUGGACUAGAAUAUUUGCCUGUUUAAUUUGGGUGUGUGUUGGGGGGAGCUGAAGUUAAUGGUUUAUCUAUGGUUUAGGAAGUGCCACGACUGAUUAGCAAGCCACCCCAUUCACCUAACCCUCCUUUUAAUUAAAAAUGGAUUUUCCAGGAAAAAAAAAAAAAGGCCCUUAUAUUUGUCACACUUAAGUGCCUGCUUAGGAAAGGUAUUGUGAAAGUAUUAGAAAUCUUGAGAUCAGUAUCUAUUUUAUGAUCAGGAAAAAUACUCUUUUGUACAUUUCUGACAGUUAUGCAGAAGAUCAUUCAAGCAAGCUAAUCACAGCAUUGUAAAUAGAGGGCAGUUGUUUGCAAUGAGUUUUUCCUCAAGUAGGUGUAAUUUUUUAAAAAAAUUAUUCUACGGUUCUCAUCUAGCAUGGUUGUUGAGAGGA